AGAACCACUGGCGUUCACAGCCUCUCCUUCCUCAUCAUCUUCCCCUUUUGUGUCACCCAAAACAGAACCAAUUCGAAGUUCCCCCCCCAUAAACGUAAACAGAGAGUUCUUCCUCUGCCUUUCGAGACCCAAAACCUAACCUGUUAAAAAGCCGUAGCAUGAGUCUGAAUUUAGCUUCUCCAUGCUUCUCGCCUCCUAACCUCACUAAACUCUUCGGAACCCCUCCAAAUGGCUACAACGACGUUCUCUUUUCUCUGCCAUUUCGCUGUAAUUCCCCUCUCUCUGUUCUGAUCAAAAUAAGGCCGUUAAAAUCAAGAGCUUCGGUGAGGGAAACCCAGAACGGCAUGGUCGAGGAGAGCUCUGUUUUGGACGAGGAGUUGCUUGGUAAAGUCUCGGGUGCUAAAGAUGCCGCCGAAGCUCUGGAACUGAUUGCCCAGAACAGAGAAAGAAAAUGCGGCGUUGUUGAAGCUUCUGAUUGUCAUUUAAUUAUUAAGGCUGCGCUUGAUUGCAACAAUGUUGAUUUGGCUUUGUCUGUUUUCUAUGCCAUGCGGUCCAGCUUUGACACUGCUGUUGGUGAAGACGGGACUUUGGUUGAUAAAUGGAAAUGGUCUAGGCCUGAUGUGAGUGUCUACACGUUAUUGGUUCAGGGCCUUGCGGCAUCACUGAGGGUCUCUGAUGCUCUCAGGAUAAUCAAUGAAAUUUGCAGGGUGGGAGUGUCUCCUGGUGAGGAGGUUCCUUUUGGAAAGGUUGUAAGGUGUCCAACUUGUAUGAUUGCUGUUGCGGUUGCGCAACCACAACAUGGCAUUCAGGUGUAAACAUUGAAGCAAUUAUACUGGUCUAGUGUAUGCACGGUCUCAUCUUUUCCGAAUUUCUGCAUUUGUAGUCUUUGCAUCCGAUGGUUGUGGUAGGGGAAAUUGUUCAAUCCUACCUCUACAAACAGGGCUAAAUUUGCAUAAUUUUCAAAAUUUAUGUUCAUAUGCUAGCUGCAAAGUCAGGACAUUGAUGCCCUAUGCCCGAGAGAAAAUCUUCAGUGUAGAUAGGAUGCAACCCACAAAUUUCAGCAU